GAAUCUGCGAUUCCACGUCGAGGAGGAGGGCAAGGGCGUCGACCCGGAGGGCAACAAGAUCAAGGCUGACAAGGAGAAGGUUGCUGCCUUCCGUGCCAGCAUCAGGAAGUUGGCAGACAUCUACUGCAACGAUGCCUUCGGCACUGCCCACCGCGCCCAUAGCUCCAUGGUGGGCGAGGGUUUCGAUGUGAAGUGCGCUGGCGACCUCAUGGGCAAGGAGCUGGAGGCCUUCGCAAAGGUCCUCGACAAUCCUGCCAAGCCCGUCCUUGCCAUCCUGGGUGGUGCCAAGGUCAGCGACAAGAUCCAGCUGAUCAUGAACAUGCUGGACAAGGUGAACAAGAUGAUCAUCGGCGGUGGCAUGGCCUACACUUUCCUCAAGAUCAAGGACAGCAUGGCCAUCGGAACCUCCCUCUACGAUGAGGAAGGCGCCAAGAUUGUGCCCGAGAUCCUCGAGAAGGCGGCUAAGCUUGGUGUGGAGAUUAUCCUCCCUGUCGACUUUACUUGCUCCUCCAAGUUUGGUGAGGACGGCGACAUCAAGGAAGGUGUCACCAAGGAGGAGGGCAUCCCUGAUGGCUUCAUGGGCCUGGACUGUGGUCCCAAGUCCAUUGAGCUGAACGCCAAG